CGUCGACCGAGACACUUCCGCUCGGAAAGGUCGUCAGAGUCUCUCAAACCUCCGACCAAAACAGAGAACCGCAGGGAGCCAGCACGCCAGAGGGGGGGAGAGGAUCCGUCUGGAGACGUAGAGUACACAAACAGUUCAACAGGUGUGCUGAAUUGGCGUGAGCCGCACUCAGACUGCAGAGCUAGGUAGCUUUAGGAUAACUGGGAGAGAAGCUGUCAAUAAAGGGGUGUUGAGCGCUCACAACCGCCGGCAACAUGGGGGAACUCUUCAGAAGUGAAGAGAUGACACUGGCUCAGCUAUUCCUCCAGUCCGAAGCUGCCUACUGUUGUGUCAGUGAACUGGGAGAAAUUGGGAUGGUGCAGUUCCGUGAUUUAAAUCCUGAUGUGAAUGUGUUCCAGCGAAAGUUUGUCAAUGAAGUACGACGAUGUGAGGAGAUGGAUCGGAAACUGAGGUUUGUGGAAAAAGAAAUCAAGAAAGCCAAUAUAGAAAUACUCGACACAGGAGAGAACCCCGAAGUCCCUUUUCCAAGGGACAUGAUCGAUCUAGAGGCAACUUUUGAGAAGCUUGAGAAUGAACUGAAGGAAAUAAACACAAACCAAGAGGCGCUAAAGAAGAACUUCCUGGAGCUGACUGAGCUCAAGCACAUUUUGCGCCGAACUCAGCAGUUUUUUGAUGAGAUGGAGGAUCCAAGUAUACUUGAAGAGUCAUCCACUCUCAUGGACCCCAAUGAGCCUACCCGAGUGGCUCCACUUAGAUUAGGAUUUGUCGCUGGAGUCAUUGGCAGGGAGCGUAUCCCUACAUUUGAGAGGAUGCUGUGGAGAGUUUGCAGAGGAAAUGUUUUUCUGCGGCAGGCGGACAUUGAAGAUCCUCUGGAGGAUCCAACUUCAGGUGACCAGGUCCACAAGUCUGUCUUCAUCAUAUAUUUCCAGGGAGAUCAGUUGAAGAAUAGAGUCAAGAAAAUCUGUGAGGGAUUCAGGGCAACAUUGUACCCGUGUCCAGAAACCCCACAGGAGAGGAAAGAGAUGCUAGCAGGAGUAAAUGCUCGCAUUGAAGACCUGCAAAUGGUGCUGAACCAGACUGAGGAUCACAGGCAGAGGGUCCUGCAGGCUGCAGCCAAGACGGUCAGAGUGUGGUUCAUCAAGGUGAGGAAGAUGAAGGCCAUCUACCACACCCUGAACCUCUGCAACAUCGAUGUCACUCAGAAGUGUCUGAUCGCUGAGGUGUGGUGUCCUGUCUCCGACUUGGACGCCAUCCAGUUUGCCCUGCGACGGGGGACGGAGAAGAGCGGCUCCACUGUGCCUUCCAUCCUCAACAGAAUGCAGACCAAGCAGACCCCUCCCACAUAUAACAAGACAAACAAAUUCACCUCAGGUUUCCAAAGCAUUGUUGAUGCCUAUGGAAUUGGCAGCUACCGUGAGAUUAACCCAGCACCAUACACCAUCAUCACCUUCCCCUUCCUAUUUGCGGUCAUGUUUGGUGACCUGGGCCAUGGGACGCUUAUGACCUGUGCUGCUCUGUACCUUGUGUUGAGAGAGAGCAGGCUGAUGGCCCAAAAGAAUGAUAAUGAGAUAUUUAACAUGGUGUUUGCGGGGCGCUACAUCAUUCUGUUGAUGGGAAUGUUCUCAGUGUACACUGGCAUUAUUUACAAUGACUGCUUCUCAAAGUCCCUGAAUAUCUUUGGUUCCGGAUGGAGUGUGAGACCCAUGUUUGGAGAAAGAGGAGGCAACUGGUCGUUUGACACACUUACUGGAAAUGCGGCUUUACAGUUGGACCCUGCGGUAGAUGGAGUCUUCAAUGGCCCGUACCCCAUCGGCAUUGAUCCAAUAUGGAGCAUUUCUAUCAACAAGCUGACAUUUCUGAACUCCUUCAAGAUGAAGAUGUCUAUUAUUCUGGGAGUCAUCCAUAUGAUCUUUGGAGUCACUCUGAGCCUCUUCAACCAUCUGUAUUUCAAUAAGCCACUGAAUAUCUACUUGGGGUUCAUCCCAGAGAUCCUCUUCAUGUCCAGUCUGUUUGGCUACCUGGCCAUUCUGAUCUUUUAUAAAUGGUUGUCGUAUGACGCACGCACCUCGUUGGACGCUCCCAGCCUUCUCAUUGCCUUCAUUAACAUGUUCCUCUUCAACUACAACGACCCCACUAACAAACCUCUCUACAGGGGGCAGAUGGGCCUGCAGACAUUCUUGGUGUUAAUUGCCCUGGCCUGUGUUCCCUGCAUGUUAAUUGUAAAAACUCUAGUUAUGCGGCGACAGUAUUUGUGGCGGAGAAAUCUGGGCACACAGAACUUUGGAGGAAUCCGGGUGGGCAAUGGUCCGACCGAGGACGAGGCUGAAAUCAUCCAGCAUGACCAGCUCGCUCAGCAGUAUGACGAAGAACCCGAGCGUUGCCUUUUGUCACCUGCUUUCAAGGCGCGUGAGGAGGAAGAGUUUAACUUCGGGGAUGUGGCAGUGCAUCAGGCGAUUCACACCAUAGAGUACUGUCUGGGCUGCAUCUCCAACACUGCUUCAUAUCUGAGGCUUUGGGCUCUCAGUCUGGCUCAUGCACAGCUGUCGGAGGUGCUGUGGUCCAUGGUGAUGCGUAUCGGCCUUUCUUCGAGGAACCUUGGAGGCUUCAUCCUUCUGGCCCUCGUCUUUUACUUCUUUGCUGUUCUCACAGUGGCCAUUCUUCUCAUCAUGGAGGGUCUGUCAGCCUUUCUGCAUGCACUGCGACUGCACUGGGUGGAGUUCCAAAACAAGUUUUACGCAGGUCAGGGCUUCAAGUUCCUCCCAUUUACCUUCGAAAGCAUCCUGGAUGGGAGAUGUGAAGAAUGAAGGAGCUCUACUUCUGUAAAUGUUUGUCAUCUGUGUGGAGUUGAGUUGUGAUACACACACACACACACACACACACACACACACACACACACACACACACACACACACACACACACACACACACACACACACACACACACACAGACCCCUUCUUUCAUUUGUGUCUGCAGCUAAGUGUUCACCUUCCCUGUGUUAGAGUAGUUCAGUAAUACCCAAUGACAACUUACUAUUCAUUCAUUCAGCCUUGAUUGUAAUCUGUUUUGUUCUAGAAAAGCCUUUAUUUGUUUUGAGUUAUUAUUUAUGAAAUCUUUUUCAUCAUUUCUUUUUCCUUGUACUGUUGCACAAUAAUGUAUCGUGACCUGAACCUGCUACUUCCACAUUUCUUUCAUCAAACUUAGUGAGGAUCUGAGCGUAAAUCUUCACGUGGUUGUAUGUUUUUCCUUGAGAUCGUCUUUGUUCUUGAGCAACUGUCACCACCUUGUGCACUCUCUGGAUUAGAUGCUGCACACUGACUUUGCACACGGAGCUGUAGCGCUUAAAGGGAAUGAAGCUGAUUUUGCGUCAGGAUGUAGGCCGUUCUCAGACCUUGUCUCAUGACCUUCGUGUUUGUGUGUUGAUCUUUGAUGAGGAAGAGAAGGGGAAGCUAUAUCGAUAUGUGAAUUAUUCGUAGAAAACUAGCUCAUUAAAUGACAUCAGUCUGGCUUUUGAUUCUGGUUCCUUCUGAAGAUUUCAUUAGAAGUUUGUCAGACGUUUACGUUUAGAAGUUAGAACAUCGUACAACAUUUUCAAUUUGUCAGAAAUGUUUGAACAUCCACAUUAAUUGAGCAUGUUUUUGUCAAUAAAAUGGGAAAAGCUGGUUAAA